UCUUAAUUUCGCAACUUCCUCAGCGGAAAGCAUUUCUUUACCAAUACCAGUCUGCUCUUUACGCUCUUCGUUCUUUCUGCUUUUCUCUUUUCUCUGCUUCAACUUGGAAGGCUUGUGCCUGAUUUCCUGACACACGUCGAACCCUGUUCAGCUACGAGACUCUUUCGCAGCUACCAGGGACGAUUGAUCGAACACCAUGAGCUCUGCGGAUCUGUUCUCUUUCCUCGACGAGGCCCCUCAGGAUGCUGAGAUCGAGGAGACAUACGAUAAUGCCCAUAUGGACGCCGAGCAACCUAAAGACGAGGAUGAAUUCCCUAAGAAAAGGAAGGCUGAUGAUGCUUCACCCGCACAACCUGACAAAUCUAGUUCAUCUAUGGAAGUGGAUGCUGGACCGUCAGUGCCCAAAAAGCCAAGGGUUGCCUCCCCGCAACCUGUCGUUGUGGAUGAAGUAGAAAUUGAGGCAAAGCGAGAAUUUCCUGUCAUUGCCGGUCUUACUCCGAUUACGGUCGAUGCUGGUGCUCGUCUUGAACUUCGCCACCAGGUUCGCCAUCAAGUAGCUGUGCCACCUGGAUAUCCUUACAUCCCGAUUUCGCAACAUGUACCUCCAGCAAAGCCUGUACGAGAAUACAACUUUACUUUGGACCCCUUCCAACAAGUCUCUGUAUAUGCUAUACAACGUAACGAAAGUGUCCUCGUUUCCGCGCAUACAUCUGCGGGUAAGACUGUCGUAGCCGAAUACGCUAUUGCCCAAUGUCUUCAAAACAAACAGCGAGUCAUCUACACAAGUCCAAUAAAGGCUCUGAGCAAUCAGAAGUACCGUGAAAUGCUCGCCGCAUUCGGAGAUGUUGGUUUAAUGACUGGAGACGUCACGAUUAAUCCGUCUGCGACGUGUCUGGUGAUGACUACUGAGAUUCUACGAUCUAUGCUUUACCGAGGCUCAGAAAUCAUGCGUGAAGUCGCAUGGGUCAUUUUUGACGAAAUUCACUACAUGCGCGACAAAGAGCGUGGCGUUGUAUGGGAGGAGACGAUUAUCCUUCUGCCUCACAGUGUCCGAUACGUUUUCUUGUCUGCCACUAUCCCUAACGCUAUGCAAUUUGCGGAAUGGAUAUGCAAGUCCCACGAACAGCCUUGUCACGUCGUCUACACUGAUUUUCGGCCUACGCCACUUCAGCAUUACCUGUUCCCUGCAGGCGGCGAAGGUAUCUACUUGGUUGUUAACGAGAAGGGCGAGUUCCGGGAAGACAACUUCAGCAAGGCGAUGGGUUCGUUGCAAGAUAAACAAGGCGAUGAUCCUGCAGACCCUAGGAGUGGGAAGGGACGUAAGGGCAAGUCGAAGAAGGGUGGAGGGGACAAAAAAGGUCCAUCCGAUAUCCAGAAGAUUGUCAAGAUGAUCAUGCAAAAGAAUUACAACCCUGUCAUUGUCUUCGCAUUCAGCAAACGUGAAUGUGAAGCUCUCGCUUUAGCCAUGUCCAAGUUCGAGUUUAACGCGACGGAAGAACAAGACAUGAUCACCAGCAUCUUCAACAACGCCAUCGACAACCUUGCUUCCGAUGACCGCCAGCUUCCUCAGAUAACCAAUCUUCUUCCCCUUCUCAAACGUGGUAUCGGUAUUCAUCACGGUGGUCUACUCCCCAUUCUCAAAGAAGUCAUUGAGAUUCUCUUCCAAGAGGGUCUCAUUAAAGUCCUCUUCGCUACAGAGACCUUCUCCAUCGGCCUGAACAUGCCUGCGAAGACUGUCGUCUUCACCACUGUGCGCAAGUUCGAUGGCCGGGAAUUCAGGAAUUUGUCCUCCGGCGAGUACAUUCAGAUGUCCGGUCGUGCUGGUCGUCGUGGUUUGGAUGACAGAGGAGUCGUUAUCAUGAUGGUUGACGAGAAAUUGGAACCCGCCGCCGCCAAGGGAAUGAUCAAGGGAGAGGCGGAUAGGUUAGAUUCUGCCUUCCACCUUGGGUACAACAUGGUACUCAAUCUGUUGAAGGUGGAAGGGAUCAGCCCGGAGUAUAUGCUUGAGAGGUGUUUCUUCCAAUUCCAGAGUAGCGCUGGAGUCCCUAUGCUCGAAGAUGAACUACGACGGGAAGAGGAGAAGAGGAAAUCGGUUGUCAUUCCCGACGAACCUCUUGUCGCAGAGUACUACGACUAUAGGCAGCAGUUGGAUCAGAUGGCUUCUGACUUCAAGGAAGUCAUCACACAUCCAAGCUACAGCCUUCCGUUCCUCCAAUCAGGUCGAUUAGUGAAGGUCAAAUACCAGAAACUCGACUUCGGGUGGGGUGUGAUCAUUAACUAUCAAAAGCGUGUACCUCCAAAGAAUCGGCCAGUACCCAUUCCCGACGAAAUAUCUCCUCACGAGCAGUAUGUGGUCGAUGUUUUGCUCAACUGCGCGGUAGGCUCCAACGUACCGAAGGAUAGAAAUGCUACGACACCAACUCCGGGAGACGUGCAACCAUGCCCUUCAGGACAGAAAGGCACACCCUUGGUAGUUCCUGUUCUUCUGUCAACGAUCGAUGCUAUCAGUCUUCUGCGAGUUGCCUUGCCCAAGGAUAUUCGGUCUUCGCAGGCAAGGGAACAGGUUUGGAAGAGCGUGUUGGAGGUGCAGAGACGGUUCCCGGAAGGUAUCGGUUUGCUGGAUCCGAUUCAGAACAUGAAAAUUACGGAUGACAAGUUCAAGGCCUUAGUGAAGAAAAUCGAGCUUAUGGAAAGCAAACUCUUUUCGAGUCCACUUCACAAAGAUCCUCGCCUUCCGGAGCUGUACUCGUUGUAUGUACGGAAACAAGAGAGCCAGAACCGCAUACGUGAGCUGAGGAAGAGGAUCCAAGCCACGAACGAUGUCCUGCAAAUGGAAGAGUUGAAAGCCCGAAAGCGAGUUCUACGUCGUCUGCAAUUCACAACGAGCGACGACAUCGUCGAUGUCAAGGGACGUGUAGCUUGCGAGAUUAGCACAGGCGAUGAAUUGUUGCUCACUGAACUAAUCUUCAAUGGUGUAUUCAACCCGCUAACGCCGGAGCAAUGUGCGGGACUAUUGAGUUGUUUCGUUUUCUCUGAAAAGAGUGAACAAGUUACCAAACUCAAGGAAGAACUCGCGGCACCACUACGAGUCAUGCAAGAAAUUGCGCGCAGGAUCGCGAGGGUUUCGAAGGAAUCAAAGCUUCCUGUUGUCGAAGACGAAUAUGUACAAUCAUUCAAGGUCGAACUCAUGGAUGCUGUCGUUCAAUGGUGCAGGGGUGCAUCUUUUUCAGAGAUCUGCAAGCUCACUGACCAAUUCGAGGGCAGUCUCAUUCGUGUCUUCCGACGAUUGCAAGAGCUCAUUCGGCAAAUGAGCCAAGCAGCAAAAGUCAUCGGAAACACCGAACUACAGGAAAAGUUCGAUAAAGCGUCCGAGAUGCUCGAACGACCUAACUCUGUCAUCUUCUGCUCUUCUUUGUAUCUUUAGGGUCUUUUCGAUGUGCAUCAAUGUACUGUUCUUGCUUUCAUGUUUUUGUGUAGUCCAUCUGCAUACCCAUGCUCGUGUAGAAACUUAGGUGCCGGGUGUUGAUAAUAAUACAUCGUCGUCAUGCGGGUAACCAUCUGCUAUAUGUACAUGCCUAAUCCCUAAAUGAAAGGAAAAUCGUAGUCGUAGGG